AUGGAUCAAGAACAAGAGACUUACAAUUCAAGAUUGUUUCAUUUCAAGAACAUGAGCGAAAACUCAGCUUCGAGACAUGUUAAAAGCUGGAGCUCAGAUUGCGCCAUAAGAAUGGAUGGCUCAGACAAUUUAGAUGAUGAUGAUCAUCAUGACAUGAUGUUCAGAAGUCAACCCGGAAAACUUAGCAGCGUUGACCGACCGUCUUUGCCUCCAAGCGGCGGCGCAACGCCAAAUCGCAAUGACAAAUUGGUCUCUCCAAGGAUGGCUUCAUCGGAAUCCGUGGAGGCACAAUUACUAGCUGCAAUGGAGCAAAUGAAAGAAAAGUUUUCGAAAUUGCUUCUUGGAGAAGAUAUGUCAGGAGGAGGAAAAGGUGUUUCAUCGGCUUUGGCUUUAUCUAACGCCAUUACCAAUCUAGCAGCGUCUGCGUUUGGAGAACAACGGCGUUUAGAGCCAAUGGCAGCGGACAGAAAAGCGCGUUGGAGAAGAGAAAUCGGAUGGCUUAUCUCUGUGGCUGAUCAUAUUGUUGAGUUCGCUCCAACGCAACAAACAAACAAAGAUGGAUCUUCAAUGGAAGUCAUGACAACAAGACAGAGAACAGAUCUCCUCUGCAACAUUCCUGCUCUCAAGAAACUUGAUGCAAUGCUCCUCGAUUGUCUUGACAAAUUCAGGGAUCAAAAUGAGUUUUACUACGUCAAAAAAGAUUCUCCUGAUUCUUCUGAGCAAAGGAACGAUGAGAAAUGGUGGUUACCGGCGGUUAAAGUCCCACCAAACGGUCUCUCUGAGAUAUCAAGAAGGUUUCUACAGAGCCAGAAAGAAUGUGUGAAUCAAGUCCUUAAGGCGGCAAUGGCGAUAAACGCUCAAGUUCUGUCUGAAAUAGAGAUUCCUGAAAGCUACCUUGAGUCACUUCCUAAGAAUGGGAGAGCAAGCUUGGGAGAUGUGAUAUACAGAAUGAUAACAGUAGAGAAUUUUGAUGCGGAUCAAUUCCUAAUCGAAAUGGAUUUAUCAUCUGAGCACAAGAUUCUUGAUCUAAAGAACAGAAUCGAAGCGUCGAUUGUGAUAUGGAAGAGGAAAAUGGUGCAGAAGGACACAAAGUCUCCUUGGGGAUCAACAGUGAGUAUUGAGAAAAGAGAACAGUUUGAAGAAAGAGCUGAAACAAUCUUGCUUCUUCUGAAACAAGGGUAUCCAGGAAUCUCUCAAUCCGGUCUCGAUAUCAGCAAGAUUCAAUUCAACAAAGAUGUAGGACUUGCUAUAUUGGAGAGUUACUCAAGAGUGCUUGAAAGCUUGGCUCACACGGUAAUGUCGAGAAUAGAAGACGUGCUUUACGCUGAUCAGCUUACUCAAGAACCUUCAAAUGCAGCUAGCAAGAACAGAUAUGUUGCGAGAGAGAACGAGAAAACGAAAGAGGAAAGGUAUAGUUUCUCAGAUGAUAAUGCUUCAGGGACACUCUCUGAUGUAAUGCAAUGGGGUAACAAAAACAAUGAAAUGAAGAAAGAAGGCUUCUUUGGAGAUCGAGACAAACCAUUGUUGUCUAAAGUCACAGGUAUUAUGACAACCAACAAGAAGAGUUCUUAUCUUGACAAUCUUGGAACUAUGAGGAGUCCAACUGCAAGAUACUCCUGA